UCUGCCUCAUCCACCGUAUCUAUUGACAUUCUAGCAUCUUAAUCCACUCACAAAACACGCUAUGUCCCUCAACAAGGCAGUCCUCAGCCCGGCACACACACCGAUCCCGCUCCAAGAUGAGAUGCACCUCCGAGAAGUCGAGGGCGCAGAGUUUGUGAUCACGCUCCCCGACGCGAGUUCCAAGGAGCUCAAGGGUAAGGGCAAGGUCUUCCUCACAGACCUUCGGCUGAUCCUUGUUGCCGACAAGGACAAGGACGGCCGGACAGACAACGGCUUCGAGACCCUCGCCGUCUCGCACGCCUCCAUCCUCGCCGUCAAGUCCGAAUCCCCGCGCAUCCCCGUCUUCGGCAACGGGCCCCGUAUCCUGCUCGAGAUUAAGCCCUCCCCGGGCGGUGGUCUCCCGGAGGGCACGACCCGCGUUGAGAUCCGCAAGGGCGACAAGGACGCCAUCGCCAGCUUCGCCUCCGCCAUCGACAAGACGCGCGAACGCACGGUGAACAAGAGCAGGGCGCUGGCCGAGGAUGACCAGGAUCUCCCGGAGUAUGGGGGUCCGGGGCCGAGCUCGUCCUCAACAACGUACGUCACCGCGGAUGUCCCUUCCGAUGCGCCCCCUGGCUAUGAGCCUUGAUUCGCCCUCGCCUUCGGAUUCCUGGAGUCACCAGUGUACCAUACUCUUACAUAGGACCUCACGCCGCCUGUAUCAUCUGUACUCACCGCAACACACAUCAACGGAAUGUAUCGCUGCCAUCUCUACUCCAGAUGUCAUGUUUCAUGGCAGCGUGUUAGCGAG